CUCAUCUAUUUUUAUUCGCAAUAACAUCACAUUUACUCCGAUAUUACUGAUGCGCAAUUUCACUAUCUUGAACACUCGACAACACGGCCGCCAAGUGCAACAUUGUAAAGCCUAGCAGAGACGGCUGCUUGGCAGACAGCAAGGUACUCCCUCACGCACGCAAAAAUUGAUUUCCCAAUUAACACAUCUGGCCUCCACUGGAUGCAUACGUUUUCUCUGGUUCAUUAAAGUAUGCGAUCGUCCUUGCUGCUAAUUCUAGUUGGGGUAGCAUCGGCUUCGCUUGGAGCUGCCGAUGGUACAAGCCAAGCUAGCACAGCCCAACAGCCCGAAAAUGUACCGGCACUGGAGAUGGACGAGGUCACGGCAACCAUUGCAAAUGCACAGGCAGUACAGAACCCGUUGAUGAUGGGCGCGAUGCCAUCAGGUCAUGUGCCAAGGACAGCCCGUCACAGACAUGAGAAAGCUCAUCUGAUGAAGCGGAUGGAUCGAAAGAGCGGGAAAUGGACAACGAACCAUCCACGAUAUAGACUGCUCGAAGCACUUUGGGCAUACACCCGAUACCGUGAGCGACACAUGGCCGAGCUUGAUCGAUGGCGAACCUUGUACAAGAGCGUGAGCAAGAAGCAGAUGAAGACACUAGAAAACACUAUUGGGUACAAGAAGAAGCUAGAUGAGAUUGAAGGAUUGAUUCUUGUAAACGCAGCCAUUUGCAAGGACAUGGCUCAGAAUGCCAUGCAGUUUUAUGGCAUUGAGCAGAAAGAGCUCGAUGAUCACAUGGCGCUGGCAGAGAAGGACGGACGUCAAGCAGAUAAGUUUGCUACGUCGCAAACACUAAAACACUAUGUGCGAGAUUGGGCAGAUGAGGGGCUGAAGGAGAGGAAUGAGGCCUUCCCGUGCAUUUUGAGCACGCUAAAAACCAUCAAGUCAGAAUAUGCGGAGGAUACCAAACUCAGUGUCUUGCUACCUGGCUCUGGAUUGGGUCGCCUCGGCCACGACGUAGCCAAUCUAGGGGGAUUCGAAGUAACAAUCAACGAAUGGUCCAUGUUCAUGAACGUCGGCUACCGAUACAUGGACGCGCAAACCAGCACCCACACAUUGACCUUCCACCCCUUUGUAGACGCAAUGUCCCACCACGCCACAAAAGAAGACAUGCUCCACCCUAUCUCCGCACCAAACACGGUACCCCAUCCGGACGUCCUCCUCGUUGAAGGCGACUUCAACACCGUCCUCAACGACAAAGAAGGUCACUUCGACAUCAUCGUCACCCAUUUCUUCAUCGACACAGCGCGGAACCUCAUGGCGUAUUUCGACACCAUACACCGACUUCUGAAGCCUGGUGGCCGAUGGAUCAAUUUUGGUCCCUUGCUAUAUGGCACCGGCCCUUUUGUCCAGCUCAGUCUAGAAGAGAUUAUAGAAGUGGUAGAGGCGAUGGGCUUCGCAUUCGAAGAUAUCGGGCCCGAAUGCGGGGAUUUGACGUUUGAGGGGAGGGAAGUACGGAGUAAGGAGGCGGAGUAUGGGUUUAAUGUCCGGGCGUUGACGCGGUAUGCGUAUUUGGCGCAGGUGUGGAUGGUGAGGAAGAUGUGAAGUUUGGCUUUUUUAUUAUUAUUGGCUUUUCUGCGGGGCGGGGAUGAAAAAAAACCCCGUUUGGGAUGACUAAGCUGGUAGUGGUGAGUAGGUUUGGAGGGGGGGAUAGGAGUGGUUUGUGAUGAGAAGGUUCGCUGUCCUACCUUCUUUGGUUGACUAGGGGGAGGGUAUGGUUGGAAAGGUAGGUUGGUCUGAUUAUCUCCAAGGCCGUCUCACGUGAUAUCAUAGGUACACGGCAUACUAUAUUUGGGUUUAGAAUCAAUAUCUGGAGCUAGUCAUGUACCGU